AUGAACAUCACGAAUACCACUCUUUUCUCAAAAGUCGUUGGACCUAGACCACAAGGAACAUACCAAGGAAUCUAUCAAAUGGCUGGUUCUUUCGGAAGGAUGGUUGCCCCACUUCUGAUGAGUACAACCUAUACAUUCUUUGGACCAAGAGUCCCAUGGUUGAUUCUUAUCGUCAAUUUCGUCUCAGUCAUAGCUGCGUGGAUUGUGCUCCGCGAGAAGAUGGUUCCCUUUGAAAAGUACGAGGCAAAGCGAAUCCAACCGAAUGUUUAA